AUGAACAGCACGAUAACGAGCACGACCAUGAUGAGCACCACGUGCGUCGAUUACUCUCAGAUAACGAGCCAAGAGGACUCGACGAUCCAGAAUUGCGAGGCCGAUCUGCCGAUCAUCUCGUUGGUCAACCAGAUUCUCUACUCCAUCGUGUGCAUCGUGGGCCUCCUCGGCAAUACGCUGGUCAUCUACGUGGUGUUACGAUUCUCGAAGAUGCAAACGGUGACGAACAUGUACAUCGUGAACCUGGCGAUAGCGGACGAGUGUUUCCUAAUAGGUAUACCAUUCCUGGUGACCACGAUGAGCCUACGCAGUUGGAUAUUCGGGAAGAUGAUGUGCAAGGCUUACAUGACGACGACUAGCAUCAACCAGUUCACCAGCAGCAUCUUCCUCUUCAUCAUGAGCGCGGAUCGUUACAUAGCCGUGUGCCAUCCGAUCUCCUCGCCGAAAAUUCGGACACCGUUCAUCUCGAAGGUGGUCUCGUUGACCGCCUGGGCAACCAGCGCCCUCUUCAUGAUACCCAUAUUUCUGUACGCGAACGCGAUGGAAUCCGAGAAAGGGAUCAACUGCAACAUCUACUGGCCCAACGAUCGCGGAGGCCACACCACCUUCACCUUGUACACCUUCGUCCUAGGCUUCGCCAUCCCGCUCAUCCUCAUACUGAUCUUCUACUUCCUCGUGAUCAGGAAGCUGCAAACGGUGGGGCCGAAGAACAAGUCGAAGGAGAAGAAACGAUCUCAUCGUAAAGUGACGAAGCUGGUGCUGACCGUGAUCACGGUCUACGUUCUCUGCUGGCUUCCCUACUGGCUCAUGCAGGUGGCGUUGAUCUACACCCCGCCCAAACAGUGCCAGAGCAAGAUCACCAUCACCAGCUUCCUGCUGGCCGGUUUCCUCAGUUACAGCAACAGCGCGAUGAACCCGAUCCUCUACGCGUUCCUCAGCGAUAAUUUUAAAAAAAGUUUCUUGAAAGCGUGCACCUGCGCGGCCGGCAAGGACGUGAACGCGACGCUGCACAUCGAGAACAGCGUGUUCCCCCGAAGGAACAAGGCGAGCGCGGACAGGCUUCAAUCGAAUCGGUUGGUCGCGUCCGGCCAAUCGAGGCUCGAGCUGGAGGACGAGGACGCGGAGAGGGGGCUGUUGAUCAGCAAAACCUCGACGACCACGGUGACCAUGACGUCACGAUCCAACAUCACCAUAGGCAAUGAGCCGAAGGAGCAGGCACAGAGGGAGAAAGACGCGUUGAGGAACGGGGUGCAGCUGACGUUGUUGACUCAAGUCUAGAACGAGACGAUGGGUGGACGAAGGGGAAUGACGACUCAACGAAGCGGAAACAACGGUCUAUAAACGAAGGAAGAGGCCUCUUUUCUCCUCCCCGUCGUGGUGGACCAAUGAGCCCAGGAUUCAUCGUCGCGCGGGGAGAAAGAAUUGCUUGUC